GGCCUAUGCAUUUUUGAGACGCGUUUCUUAGCCGUAUUGUGCGACACUUCCGUUUUCAGUGUGUGUGAGGGGCCGUAUCCGUUUGUGAGGAUUUUCGGCGCUUGGGUUCGAUUCUCCCGAUAUUUGCGGUCAUGGAGGUGCCGCUACCCCCAGACGAUCAGGAACUUCGGAAUGUCAUCGACAAGCUGGCACAGUUUGUGGCACGAAAUGGCCCAGAAUUUGAGAAGAUGACUAUGGAAAAGCAGAAAGACAACCCAAAGUUCUCAUUUCUGUUUGGAGGAGAAUAUUACAACUAUUACAAAUGUAAACUUGCUUUGGAACAACAGCAGUUGCUUUGCAAACAGGUUCAGGAUUUAGAACCCAAGACUCAAAUCCCCACCUUACCCCCGCCAUCAUUGCCUCUGCCUCCUACACUAGUACCGCCGCCACAAGGUGCCCCUCCUAUCGAGGAACUUAUUCAGCAGAGCCAAUGGAAUCUUCAGCAGCAGGAACAGCAGCUUCUGUCCAUGAGACAGGAGCAAGUCACUGCAGCAGUGGCACAUGCUAUUGAACAACAAAUGCAAAAACUGCGAGAGGAGACCCAACUGGACAUGACUGAGUUUGAUAAUCUUCUGCAACCAAUAAUUGACACAUGCACAAAGGAUGCCAUAUCUGCUGGCAAGAACUGGAUGUUUAGCAAUGCAAAGUCCCCACAGCACUGCGAACUGAUGGCUGGACACCUGCGUAACCGAAUCACAGCUGAAGGGGCGCACUUUGAACUACGCCUGCAUCUAAUCUACCUGACUAAUGAUGUGUUGCACCACUGCCAGAGGAAACAAGCACGGGACUUGUUGGCUGCUCUUCAAAAAGUGGUUGUCCCCCUCUACUGUACCAGCUUCCUAGCAGUUGAGGAGGACAAACAGCAGAAGAUUGCACGGCUGCUUCAACUUUGGGAAAAGAAUGGUUACUUUGAUGAGGCCACAAUCCAGCAGUUGCAAAGUCCCGCUCUUGGCUUAGGACAACACCAGGCUGCCCUGCUGGCAGAAUAUUCCAACGUGGUGCAACCCAUACUGAUGGCCUUCCAGCAGCAGAUCCAGGCAUUAAAGACACAGCAUGAGGAGUUUGUGGCAGGAGUAAAACAACAACAACAGCAGCAACAAAUUCAAAUUGCUGUGAUGGAGCCCAUCCCGGAACAAGCGGCUCCAACACAAGCUUCUACCCCUGUUACUGCUCCAGCCCAAGUACCUCCACCAGAGGAAGUGAAACCCAAUUUAGCAAUUCCGACUCCUGCAGAAUUUGAACCCCCACCUGGCACUGUACCAGAUGCCACUAGUGGAGGGGCACGGGGACCAGGCCCUCAUGAACAGAUGCCACCUAACAAACCACCAUGGUUUGAUCAGCCCCAGCCCAUGGCUCCCUGGGGCCAACAGCAGCCUUGUGAACAGCCACCAUUUCCUCACCAUCCAGCUCCUCCUCACUGUCCUCCUUGGAACAAUAGCCACGAAGGAAUGUGGAGUGAGCAGCGGGACCCGAACUGGAACAAUGAACCUGAUCCGGCAUGGAACAACCAGCGAGAACCCCCCUGGAACAAUCAGUUUGAUGCUCCUUGGACCAACCAGCAUGAGCAGCCUCCCUGGGGAGGAACUCAACGUGAUCCACAUUUCAGAAUGCAGAGACCUCCUCAUUUUCGGGGACCUUUCCCACCUCACCAGCAACACCCACCCCAAUUUAACCAGCCUCCACAUCCCCACAACUUUAACCGGUUUCCACCACGCUUUAUGCAAGAAGAUUUCCCUCCCCGACAUCCGUUUGAGAGACCACCAUUCCCUCACAGAUUUGAUUAUCCUCAAGGAGAGUUUCCUGCAGAUAUGGGACCUCCGCACCACCACCAGGGACACAGGAUGCCACAUCCUAAUAUGAAUGAGCACCCGCCAUGGGGUGGGCCACAGCACCAAGAUUUUGGACCCCCACCACAUGGCUUUAAUGGGCAGCCUCCCCACAUGCGCAGACAGGGCCCCCCACAUGUCAACCACGAUGACCCUAGCCUAGUCCCUAAUGUUCCCUAUUUUGAUCUUCCGGCUGGGCUCAUGGCUCCCUUGGUUAAGCUUGAAGACCAUGAGUACAAACCUCUUGACCCGAAGGACAUCAGACUUCCUCCCCCAAUGCCCCCCAGUGAGAGACUGUUGGCUGCUGUUGAGGCAUUUUACAGUCCUCCAUCACAUGACAGACCUCGGAACAGUGAGGGCUGGGAACAGAAUGGCCUCUAUGAGUUUUUCAGAGCAAAAAUGAGGGCUCGUCGAAGGAAAGGACAGGACAAGAGGAACAGCAGGCAAUCAAGAUCCCAAAGCCGUUCAAAAAGCCGCGGACGCUCCUCCUCGCGCUCCAACUCAAGAUCUUCAAAAUCCUCACGGUCCUAUUCUGGAUCACGUUCUAGAUCUCGUUCACAGUCUAGAUCAUAUUCUAGGUCCAGAUCAAGGAGUAGGAGCAGGUCUCGGUCUUCCCGCAGUCGCUCAAGGACGAGAUCUCGUUCGAAAUCCUUCUCACCCACCAGAAGACAGAGGUCCAGAUCACGCAGUGCGACACCACCUUCCUCAUCAGGUCUGGGUUCUGGUUCAGGAGCCCCCGUGCCCACUGUCCGUCUUGGGGAGGAGAACAAGGGCCACCAGAUGCUGGUAAAAAUGGGAUGGAGUGGGGCUGGGGGACUUGGUGCUAACGAACAAGGAAUCCAGGACCCCAUUAAAGGAGGAGACAUCCGUGACAAGUGGGACCAGUACAAAGGUGUAGGCGUCUCCCUUGAUGAUCCUUAUGAAAAUUACCGUAGAAACAAAAGCUAUUCCUUCAUCGCCCGCAUGAAAGCCAGGGAUGAGAACUUCAAAGCAGGUGGUCCCUUUCCCCCUGGCUCAAAUCCCCCAGGCAACUUGAAACGUGAGGGAUCAGAUGCUGCUGCCCAGGAAUGAAAUGAAUUAAGAUGAAGACCUGUUUCCAGACUUUUACCAAAACCACAAUGUAGUUAAGGGAAAGGAGGUGGACUAAAGAUGCAAGAGGUUACUUCAAUUGGAUACCCACCCAAAUCGCUUUAGUCACUUAGAGACGGAAUACCAGACAUUUCAACAGAAAUGAAAAGUCAAGAACACAAUCAGGCUCAUAGAAAGUGGGAGUCUCAUAUUUUGAGGAGAAGUCUGUCGUAGUUCAAACCUCCCUCCUACAGUUGACACCAGCAGUUGCCCCUCCACUCCAAAGCAGAUGGAAUGUCAAGCUCUACUUGUGAAACUGUUUUAUUUUUCCUUUAAGUAUGUAUAUUGUAAUAUGAGAAUGGGAAGCUUUUUGUUAAUAGAGAUGAUAUAGGCUCAGUAGCCCGCAAAGAGCAGUUCCACAAAUGUGUUCUAUUAGUCUACUGUAUUGUAGGUUGUAUUGACAGUGAAUUACAAAAUAUUGCUUCCCUUUUAAACUGAUCCUCGUACAUUCAAAUCUGUAACUAAUUUGGGUGCUGGGAAAGAUUUAUAAUACAACUUUUGUUUGUAUGUGGGCAUCCCUCCUUUCAUGCAGUCUUUUGUAAAAUAAAAUGAUGAAAUAAGGA